AUGGCGGAUUUCUUGGAAGAUGUUGGAGUUGGCUAUUACCGCUCGUUAGAUCCCCCGAAGAACUUUGUUGUAAAGUACGAAAAUAUUCUACUUCCAAUAACUCAGUUCAAAAUCAUUUCAAUUUAAGUCAGAUGCAGUUGCUUUUAAAACGGAAGCCGUUUUGCGAGUCAGCUGUUUUACCUAAUAUUUCCAUAGGGUGAAUUUAAGACGAGUGACGGCGGCGAGCUAUCUUCCAGAGUUUAAAUUUGGUUCUCAGCAGAACGUAAAUGAUCAAGAGGGUGCUGAAGUUGCUGGAGAAGCUUUGGAAAUGCAGGGGUUAAGACAAAGUUCGUGACAAUUCUGUAUAGUUGCGUCAUCAUCAAUAAGUUUUAUCUGACGAGUAGUUCUUGACAGUGUAGAUAGAAAAGUAUGACAAGUUUUUCUUUUACAAGUCCCCUUACUUAAAACCUGACAAGGAGACCAGUCAUGGACGAAAUUUGUUUGUAUUUAUGAUCUGAAAAGGACUCUUGUCAAGUAAAUUGUAUAAGGCUCAAGAGGGCAGAAGAAAGUGUAAUUUUAGCUCAUUUUAGUUUUUGUCAGACUAUAGCCACCUAGUAAGAGUUUGAUGAAUUUUUUUUUGUCAUUAGAAAUUGCACCUUUUUUUCGAAGGAGGUUCUGACAUGUGAGGACUAUGUCAUUUAUUUCAGAUGGUACUAUUGCUGAAUUUAAAUAUUGAUUGUGACUUUCAUACUUAAAAUAGACCAAGGUAAACCACCUGAUCAAGAUUCAGAGGAAUCUAUGUUUUAUUGGCAACAAAAGAUGUUCUCUCAGGUUUGUAUCAUUAGUGGCAAUAGACCAUGUGAGCUAUGUGGUCACAUGGUGUCAAAUGGGUAAACAAGAAUUCAAAAUGGCUGCUUAAGUAUGUGCUGCAGAUGACAUCUUAUAGGUGAAAUUCCUUCUUCUUGUCAAAAUUUUCGUAUUCACAGGUAAAUCAGCUCUCAAAAGACUGUGAUAAUGCAGAAACUGUAAUAAUCAAAAUGUCCAGUCUUAAAUUGAGAUUACAAACAACCUCAAGCUGGAGAAACAAACUUGUGAGCACACAAUUUUUAAAGAUCACAGUGAUAGAUAAAACGGGUGUAAAGGGAAGAAAAUGAAUGAUAAAAAGAACUUUUGGGUGAUUUUGUGAUUUGAGGUUAGAUUAAAGCUAUAUUUUGUUGUGAAAACUGCCAGGCUUUUUGUUUUGCAUUGAUUGGUAUGCUCUAGUUUUUGAUUGGCAGCCAGUUAUUGUUCUCAAAUAACUAAAUGACUGGAAAUUUUUUUUAAAACAUUCAAGAAUCUGAGGCAACCAAUAAAAUCCAAACUAGUAUAUGUGGAUGAGGAACUCCUAAGCCAUCACAAGGAGAUUUAUAACAUUCAUGUCUAAUGCUUGGUUUAUGCCAAGUUAAGUGUCAACAUCCAUGAUUUCAUUCACAAACCCACCUCAACUUGCAUUUUAAAGGGAAUUUAUAGUUGUCAGGAAUUUUUCAACUGUAAACAAUGUACACGAUCAACAUAAAAAGGGAAAGUGUCACCAUCUUUCAUCACAAAGAGGGCCAAGACAAGAUAAACAACUUCACUUUUACUUAAACUAAAUUAAAUUUUCCCUGACUCAAAGUGAAUUUCCCUGACUCUUCCCUCGCCUUAAGUGAUUCAUUUUAGCUUGAAUUUUCCUGAUAUUAAGCAACCAUGCCACACAUAACAUUAUCAUGCUGGAAACAAAACACUAUUUCUUUGUGAAAUAGCUUCUUCUUGACUAUAAAAUCAACAAAGGACAGAUGUCAUCUGCUUUCAAUCUCCUUGUAUAUCAUGGAUACUUAACUUUUGAAGCGCAGAAUCCUCAGGGUAUUUAUGAAGAAACAAAUCUAAAUUUGUGGAAAUAUUGUUAGUGGCAUACAGACACAAUGAUAAUGGACUGUUCUAUAUGCUUCACGGUUGAUAUUGUUAUGGGGCGACAACUGUUUACCCAUUUUCGACCAUGUGACCAAUCUUUGACAAAUGGAGCUAAAAUGGCUUGACUGAGACCUAACUUUCUUGACCCUGUUCAAUAAGCAUUUCCUGAUGACACAGAUGUAUACAUUUACAUGAUGUAUAUAUCCUGAUGUAUACAUUUUAUGGUUUCAAGUAUUUUUUUUUUCAUUUUAAUGAUAAAUACCUUGUGUAGUUCCAUGUGAAUAUUACAUUCACUCAGUUUUCUUGAAUCAAAACAUCAGAGAGAGAUGGAACUCUAUGGAGAUCUAACCAAUUGUUUUGGACCUCUAGAGCAGAAAUAUCAUGCAGAAAUAUUAAAGCUAAGGUAUGUUAAUCGAUAUGUUGAGGGAGAUUUGUUCCCUGUCAAUAUGAUUUUAGAUGAGAUAACUGAUUAGCAGACUGAAAAAUCUUAAGUAACGUUAUUGAUCCUCAAUGAAUCCUUGUUAAAAAUGGAAACUGAUUGUUAAACUUUAUCGCCAUGAAUAUUAACCUUCUGAUGUCAGAAAAGUGCACAGUCUGUAAUUCUUUGACUGAGUUUUGACGACAUAAACAUUUUUUUUUUUCUAAAUGUCAGUAAUCUUCUUAAAUUUGAAAUUCUAUUUUGUAAGCUGAAACACAGCCAGGUUCAGCUAAACUUUAUAACCUAAAGUAUUAAAGGAAAAGUUGUCACAUGUAUUUGGGUGGUGGUAUAAAUUUCCCAGAUAGUUUUUAAUGAAGUACAUGUUUGAAAUAUUCAGCUACUAUUUUGUAGGGUGUAUGAGAGUUGUAUUUUGGUGGCAUUUCAGUUAUUUAAAAGUCAGAGGCUAGUUGUUUUAGAUCUUGUUAGCACUAUUUUUGGAGUGACUACCCCAGUAAACAUUAAAAAUCAAUUUCAUAUUUAAUGUAUGAAUUGAAUGUUAAAACAGAACUUAGAUGUGUGGUAGUUUUGACUGAUGUAAACAAGAUGUAAAUGAUUUAAUUGUUCAUAAAGCUACAAAACUAAUCAACAAUGUUGUAUUGCACAACCCAGGCUAGUCUAUUUGAUUAAUCUUGGUGCUAUUAUUGAUUAUUGUGUUUGAAGGAAAAAGGGUGGAAGACCAAAUAGGAGACUUUUCUCUUACGUUGAUUGUGAUAGCUAUGUUAAUGUGGAUGAGGUAGGUCAACAGAAAUCAAAAUCCUUAUUGUUGUUUUCAGUUAGGAAUAAAAUUGUCCUUUACCUAGUGGAAUCUUAAUUACAAUGUUGGGAUUCAAACCCAAGUAUUGAACCUCCUGUGUCAUUCUUGGUCAUGAAAAUUUGCAUUCAGUGUCUUUCUCCUAGACUUUGGUGGAUUAAAUGGUUAUUUGCAAAUUGUCAGGAAAAGCUGACAAAUGGUGGAAAGUAGCCUUCAAUGGACUUGCAUUUAUCCAUGGAAAGAAGUGAAGGAUCUUACUAGUAGUGUAGGUCAAUGAGCUUCUGAGCAAGGCUCUUCCAAAUAAUUUUCAGCUUAAGAGGAUCUUAGUCAUCAGAUACAUUAGCUAACUUGGCUAACAAACAGUUUGCUUAAGUCUUGGGUCUUUUCAUUAGCCUCUCAGUUUCACUAAUGUCUCUUUUCCAGGUUACUUUAGAAGAGAGACCGCAUGCUUUUUCAGUUUAAGUUGGUUAAUGAAUGAAAAUUCCCAUUUAACAUGUGAGUCAUGAUUUAGAAAAGGCUGUCACUAUUUUACCUGGACCAUGUGUCACCUGAUUAAUGUGUGUGUUAUUCGAAACUUGUGUUGUAUAAUGUGGGUAAGAUUCACCCAGUUUCAGUCCUUCUUAGGUACACUUUGGUUUAUUGCAUGGUAGACUGAUAAAAAUCUUAAAAUUUAUCCUUAUUUAGUUUUGAAAAGACCUUGAGUCAUCAAAUCAACUUUCAGUGUACCACAAAUCCACUUUGCAGAUGUAUCAAAUCAACUUAAGUGUUUCUUAAAUAAACUUGUAUUGAAUCAACCUUCUCCACUGAACUCCUCUAUGACUUUUGGAUUGAUUAGAAGUCAAUCAAGAUCUGUUUAUAGAAUCAUUAAACAUUUUGGUAUUGCAUUAGCAAAACAACCUAUGAGAUGUUAGCAAACUACCCUGAGAUGUUGGAAAAGCGACCCAAGACAUUAGUGAACUGGUCAUUAGGGAAAUAAAUUAUAAGCAAAACAACCCCUUACCUCCUAUUUUUCUGGGGCUGUUUUGGAUACAUAGAUCUUUGUUUCUUGUUUAUUUUAAUGAGUCUUUGUAUUAUGAUUCAUGACUUGCUCUGUAGUGCAUCAGCUUGAAUGUAGAAUUUUCUCCACAGGAAUCAAGACCUCUCACAACUUCUCCAACUGAAGUACCCAGCUACCUCACUAAAAACAUGACAACUGUUAGGAGGAGAAAUAUUGGAACCAGAGUUGACCGCAGGUAAGAAUUAUGCCAUUUAGGUCGGACUGGCAAAAGGAAUUUUGGUAAUCAACAAAAUUUUACUUCUAAAGAAUAACAUAUUACCUUUUGUCCUUCUCUGAUUUUUUGUAGUGUUUCUGUGCUCUUAAUAAUGAAGAGUUACCUAUUUUGUUGCAUUUUUUUUAGGAAUAGACCCGGUGGAUUCAUUACCAGAACUGAUCCAAUUGUUGUUCAUGAAACAGAAACUAGCAAAACAACUGCCCAUGUUGUUAACAUACCAUACAAGACCAUGCAUGUAAUGGCAGAUCUUGCUCCAGAGGGAAAGUUAGUGAUUGUACAUUCCUUCAGGCAGACAUUCUAACACCUCUCUUCUGUUGUUUGUUUGUUUGUUUGUUUGUUUGUUUGUUUUUUUUUGUGCCAGUCCUCACAGUCAGCAGAACCACCCCAGGUUAAAUACCUUGAAUGAUGUUAACCCCCCCUCCUCACCUUAUUGGCACACCACUUUGUAAAUGCACAGAAAAUGUUGUCUUUAAUGUUGUCUAGCAAUUAGUUGAGUUAUCAUGUAAUCAGAGUGUAGCUAAUAUAUUUGCAUUCUCUGUGAAUCUUUUUAAUAUUCAUUUUUUUCUAAUAAGCUGUUUGGUUCAGUUCAAUACUAACUACAGUUAUACUCUCAGGACACUCAGUUGUAAAAUGCUGGAACUUGACAUCUAGAAGAAAACAUUUACCCUUAGUGGUAACUGCUAUUGAGUCGUUAGAUACAAACCUACCUGCAUUACGUACCAGUUCUCCUUCUUUUGUCCUAGAGCUGAAAUUGAUCAGAAUGAUGAAUAUGUCCUGUUUUCCAUUAAGGUACAAAAUAAGUUCUAAGACAUUCCUUUUUUGAAUUAUGGAAAGCUUCAUAACAUCUAAACCUGCUCUAGGUGAUUUAAACAUACUGAUAUAGUGUUGCUUAAUAUACUAUUAAUAACUUAUAUAUAAGUAAGGGUGUCAAACAGGUUUUUUCAACUAUUGUACAAAAUAAUCAACUGUGGAAUUGAGUGAUAACCUUACUUAGUUUGUAGUACACUGUUGUACCCUACUUAAUAUGGAUGGAUAAUUAAAUUGACAUUAUUUGAAACAUCUUCCCUCAUUAUAAGUUUUCAACUUUUUUGUGCAGAUUGAUGCUAAUGGACAAAUUUUUGUUAAACCUGACUUCAAUGGGGAAAAGCCACCAUACCAUAUUGAGACACAAAAUGAUCUGAGAGGUACUGUGAAUGUUACCAUUCAAAGACUUCAUGCAGCAAUAUUGAGUUUCACUAAUGACAUUCUUAAUGUCAUUUACAGAAUCACUUUAUUGUUCCAUUUUGUACCUUCUGACAGGCUAAAUGAUAACUUUAAUUAGCAAAGCAGUAGCUGUAGUAGUGUUGCAUAGCAGACCAAAGCUGAACAACUAUUUCUUUUUUCUCUUGCAGAGGUUUAUGAAUAUACUAUUGAGCACUGUUCUGUUCAAAUGACAAGGUACGCAAUGUAUUUAAUUUUGUAUGUUUGUAAAGAUUUCCCAUUCUGCUAAAUAGAGACUUCUAUUUAGCAAAAUUACAGAUUUCCCAUUUUGCUAAAACAGAUUCCAAUCUCACAAACACACUUUGCUAAAAUACAGAUUUUCAUUUUAUACUUCCUGGUCUAGUUGUUAUUGUUUGCUAGGCUGGGUAUGCAGCCACACCAGUGAUGAAAUGAACACUUCAUCAUUCCAGCUGCUGGAAUGAUGAAGUGGAGUUGUCUGCAAGGAUUCUUUUUUAGCAAAUUAUGGAUUUCCAUUUUGCAAAUUAUAGAAACACCAUUUUAUUUUGUUUUAUUUCAUGUCUCAACUACAGUAAGCCUUGUGAUUAGACAGAUGCCAUCUUUCUUUAGUGACAAAUUUUUCCUAAACAUGUAACAUGCAGAAUUACACAAGAAACUGGCCACUGAUUUAAGUCAAGAACAUUAUUUCAUUUAUACAGCUUUCCCAUUUCAAUUAUUUUUAGGAGUCAUGUCUCAAUAUGUUGUGUUUUUACACUUUUGGAAACAACAAUUUGCAGCUUUCUUAAGGCUACAAAGUAUCAGUUUGACUUGAUAAAAAAACACAAAAGAGGCACAAUGAACCAAGAUGAAGCAAAACUGGCUGAGUGAAUUUGAGGAACUUCGGGGUACAGUUUUCCAAAUGAAAUACCUCCCUUUAACUUUUUUGUAUUUUAUUGUUUAUUUUCAAUGAUGAUAUUUACCAUCAUGUUUAAUUUUCUUUUUUACCGGUAAAUUUUAGCGAUCAACAGGAGCAAGAAUUCAAGAGUUUCAAUGAGGCAAGUCUGUUUAAGAUGUGUCUUAUAAUCUAUUCAAACAAUAUAUCUCUAUAUUAUUGUAGUAAAAUCAUUAUCAGUCAGUGUAAUAGAUUGAAGUGUUUUAUGUUUGUUGUUUCAAACAGCUUUACAACAGACAUGCUUUGUAUUUGGCCUCACAAGUUGGAUCUGGAUUUGAGACUAUGGUUAGAUUAGCUAGUUAAUUAAAGGUUUUUGUUGGAGCACAAUUUAUCAGAUGCUGUGUUAGACAACCUGUUUAAGAGGAAAUUAGCAAAGCUCCUGCAUUUAUAAUUAUUAUGAUAGUUUAAUAUAAAAAAAUGAUACUCUGUUAGUGAAAACAUGGACUCAAUUUUUUCUGCUGUUACAGCCAGAACCUGGUGUUUUGAGAAUGAAUAUUUUGGGGGAGAUAGGUAAGUUAAACAGAUUUAUUAGAACUGAAUAGUACUAAGUGUGGUUUAAACUUUACUGCUAUUGUUAGUAGUGUCUAUUUGGUAAAGAAGAAGCAAGAAUGGUGGGGUCUUUGUGUAGCGUUCCUGGGUUAGAUACUUGAAAUUCACAGUGCCUCUCUCUCAUUCCAAGAAUAUGAUAGAGUGCUGCCAAAAUUUAAAGGGGGUGGGGGUACUUUACAAUAACCUUUGUUGGACUGAGAUCUGAUCCAGGAGGAGUUGCCAUACUUCAUCUCAUGCCAAAGAAAGCAGGACCAGCUCUUGCAGAAUUGGCCAUUUACUUGUAUGCAUUGAUCUUCAUCCAACCUAACCAAUGAAUUUUAUUUCAACUAUAGUUUCUGCCAAAGGAUUUGACUAUGAUGGUCUAUAUGUUCACUUUUUUCUGGAUCUGCCUGAAAGUGAGUGAUCAAUAAACCAAAGGCCACAAUAAAAGAAUAGUGGUGAACUCUUGGUAUUUUAUACUUAGAAAAGUAAAGGUUCAUAAUCUGUGUGGUAAGGGUGCAGAACUCUCACAGGUAUUAAAAUUUAAGUGCCACAUAAGUGGGAGUAUAACAAGAUAAUUUGGUUUUAUCAACUGAGUUGAUAAUGUAAAUUGGCCACUGUAAAUAGUUUUGAGGCCUGAAAUGUCAGCUGUGGAUGCUCUUUAUGGUGGUUAAUUUACAUAUAUCAACUCAGUUGUUAAAACAAAAUUAUCUAGAAGGUAUUAGUUUCACUCUAGAAAUCCAAUUGUUUACUUGAGUGAAUGGCUUGGGAGUCAGUGACUAGAAGUUAUGAAACUAUCAAUUAGGAGAUUGUAUUUGGAAACAAGACCACUUUUUGAUGACGUGUCAAAAAAUUGAAUUUUUGUCUUAUUCAUUGCAAAGUUUGAAUUUUGUGAGGUCUGACACUAAUGAACAACAAGAACACAGCUAGUUAAUGAAUCAAGUAUUUGAUUUUAGAUUCAACAAUUUUAGAUUUGACUGUUGUAGACAAGUUUAGCAGAAAAGACACUAUUACUGGUGUCUUGAGUUUAGAAAUAUUACAAUGUCACUCAUUUUCCCUGUAAAGAGUCACAUAUAAUUUAUUGCAUAAUAUAGUUAGUGCAUGAGCAGAACUGUAAGUAUUGUAGAGGAAAAACACAGAUCUGUUUAUUUUCCACUUCUCUUUGUAAUGUAGAAUGGAGACCAACUGAUGACCCAGUUUUAUCAGGUGUCACACAGACCUGCAUGACAAAGCUGGAAGGAGAAGUAAUUUUUUUAAAAAUUGAGCUUAUCGUGCGAUCAGAUUUGUUGUCAUUUAUAAGUAUUGUAAAACUAAUUAAGUGAGUAAGUUUCCAAACAAUUGCUAAAGAGCAUCUAUUUGGGGAAAAAGUUUGCGAAGUACAAAAUUUGAUGUCCAUCCUCAAAUUAUCUUGGGAAAGUUAGGUAGUAGUUAACGCUUCCAGGAGAGAUGGUGGCAGAGCAUAUGCUAUACUGGGCUCAAGAUACUAACCAAAAGUAUAAAUGAAUACCAGUGCACUGUCAGGAAAAGUGGACAUUCCUCCUGUCUUGUUACAGUCACCAUGUACAAGAAGGGGCAAGCCUUAACCUGUAUGGUUUUGAUGCUUUGAUAAUCUCAAGUUGUCUUAUCCCGUAUUUUGAAUAACAUGUUGGAUAUUAUUCAUCCAAGAUUUUGUAAUGACUUAUUUUUAUUUUCAUAUUCAAAGGACUAUGUGGCACACUUUAGUUUCCCUUUUGAUUUCUCAUUGAUCUAUCAAGAGGAUGAUGAUUGUGGUACGUUUGAUUGGAAUUCCAGCAUCAUUUGAACAAUUCUGAUAAGUGGAGAUCUUUGAAAAUGUUUCAUGUUGCUUCUUUAUAUUAUUGUUCAGAUGAUUUUAUUCACUGGCCAACACUCUUUCUGGAGGUGUUGUCAUUGGACAGCUGGGAAAGGUUCAGAGCUGAGGGUUAUGCAUACAUCACUAUACCCAGUAAAGCUGGUAAGAGAGGUUAUGCAUAUAUUAGCAUAAGUAGCCAUACCCCAUAAAGCUUUGUGUAGAAUCAGGAUGAAAGACAUCUAUGCUUAAAUUUCGAGUUUCACCUAAUAAUUCACAUGGGUUAUGAACAUAAAAUAGGCCAACUCAUACAGUUCAAACAAAUUGAAAUAAUUCAUUGUGUUCAAAAUUACCAGGCAGCUACAGUAUGGAAGUGAACACUUGGCGACCAAUAGGAAAUGGCACAGGUCCAGAGAUGCGAAGGUUCUUUAUUGGUGGAUCACCAGAAUUGGAAGAUCCUACAUAUCCUCAGAAACCUGCCAUUGCUGAUGUAAGAUAUAUAGUAUAAAAUCUGUAUUAUGUGACAGUUGUGACCACUGCAGAGUCUGAGUUACUGAUUCUAUUUUCUGUGGGUUGAGUGGUAAUAAUUGAAUUAUUAAACAUGAUCAGUUUGUUCACCAAAAGUCUGAUUCAUAAGACCUUUGACCAGUCAGUCAAAUAAGAGAAUGCUUAUGUUUCAAAGACAUUUAUUUGCUUCAAAAAUAUCCUUGCUCCUGAAGGAACACCUGUUUAUUGUAUAGAAAGAGAACAAAUCAAAUAAUGGAUGUUCUGUUUCUUGAAGGUCUGAUGGCUGGUUACAUGAAGAACAUUGCUAAGACUUAAAGUGCGUUGCCCUUGGAGUGAUUAGGAUGAAAUUCCCAGAUACUAGUUGUCAAUUUUGGUGACCAGCUGCUGGGAAUUUCUGACCCUGCAAUGGAAAUCUCUCUAUCACCUAGCCAGUUGAUUUGUCCAGGUUUAGGUAGCUUGCUUAAAAGAGUACCAGUACAUCACUUUUCACCUCCUUUUCCCUUAGGAAUAAGCAUGACUAAGUAUUUUGGGGCACUGACUCUGUACCAUCAAUUUUCAUAUAUCAUCUUUUUUUAUGACAGGAUAAGGUAUUGAGCAAAUAUUUCUUCAGGACAGCUGGAUCUGGGAGUGUUAAUGUCAAGUUUCAUGUCAUGCAGCAGUGUCAGUAAGUCUACAAAGGUCCAAAAGUUAUUAACAUGGCUGGUACUUUCAAUGUUUGUGAUCCACAUUUUGCCAUUCUACUUAUUUGUUAUUCUUUGAAGGUCUUUUAUGGAUUCAAAAGCAAAGAAAACUCGUCGCACAAGAACUAUACUGGACAGACUAGGGUGGGUCAACUACUGUAAAUGCCUAAAAGAGUAGCUUCUGCCUUUGCUAAAUUCUGCCUAUGGGUAACUUUGAGGCUUAAAUAGUAAUCAACAGUGCUGUACCAGGAAUAUGUUGCUUCUUGAAACUAUCAAUUUCCACACUGAAUUUUGGGUCCCAUUUCCAUAGUGUUUUCUUUUUUUCACAUUGUUGGUGAUUUGUUGUACCUCCGGUAAUUUGGAUAUUGUAGUUGUUACAUCUUUAUUUGACUUCUUAUUCCUCUUUUUUAAAAGGAAAAACGUACAUAAACAUUUUAAAUUAGUCUCUUCUAUUUUUACAGUGGAAUGAAUGCUCUGGACUCUUUAGCACAAGUUAUGGGUGAGUUGAAGGGAUUUUCUGCAACAAUAUUUCACUAUUUCUAAAUGAUGAAAUGAAAUUUUAAAAAAAUUCUAAAAAUACAAAAAAACCAAAACAAAAACAAAAAACACAAAAAACAAAGGAACCAACAGAAUUCUGAGUUCCUUAUUAGCAUUUGAACACCUUUGAUUCCUACUUUGGUGUUGGAUGUUCUGUCAUCUAAAUUAGGAUGAACUUAUUGAGUGCUGGGCUUGUGCUUGUUUCAUAAGUUAUAGUUAAAGUGGUAUGUUUAUACUAAGACUUAAAAAAUAAACAUUCUGGUUUUUUUUUUCGUAUGUGUGUGUAUUUUUUGAAAAAACUAGGUAAAGAUUUGUAAAAUACCAUAAUGAUUCACUUUAGCCCCCUUGUUUUGAUAAGUGCCCCCCUCAAAUUUUUUUGUUAUUAAAUGCCCUAAUUCUUAUAAGCGUCCUUAUAGAAGAACCCCUAUGCUAAAAAUACCCCUAUUCCGACAGAUGCUCCUGUUCUGUUUCAAUGUUAGCACUGUUAGAUUACAUGUACAUUGAGAUCAACUGUAGUUUAUCUUCCUUUAAUUUCUCACUGAAUGCCUCUUUACAAAAACAGUUGUCUUCGUCUCAGUCUCUCAACUAUUGUGUCCAUUUUAAUGCACAGUUCCUUCAGAUGGAUGCUUGUUCUAACCUAGUGGGAUACAAGGACAACAAGUCUGUUUUCCAGUCUUCUUGAUCCUUGUUAAAUAGACAUCAAAGCUUUGUUUUGCGUACUCUGCUGUUAUCCAGAAAAGAAAUAAGUGCGCUGUCCCUACUAAGCACCCUUUUUCAAAUACAUGCCCUCCCUACAGGUAACAAAGGUAAAUGAGUGCUCCAGGUGCUCUGUCAAAUCACUAUGGUAACUGACUUUUCUCUGAUUAAAAUGCUCUCUAAUUUCCUUAAAUAGAUGCAUUCCAAAGAGCAAAAAAACGGAUGUUGGAUGCGCGUGAGGGACUUCCAUCCGUAAAAUGA